AUGAAUAGCUCCACGACUAGUCUAUCAAGCGAGGUAUGUGAUUCACUUUUUGAUUGCCGGUGUUUAGGAGAAAGUUUGUUUACCGAUGUUUAGACUACAGCUUGCUUACUGAUGUUUAGAAGGCAAUAGGCUUAGUGAUUUAUAGGUUUUCAAAAUAUAGUUGGCACGCGGCGAGAAAAGUUCAAGCUAAAGGUCAAGAAGGAACGAUAAAAUUUAAGGCUAAAGUUUCGAGAUAUAGCUGAAGCUUGAAGUGAAAUUUAAAGUCCAUAAAAGUCUCAUUUGUGGUGCCUUUAAACCAUUUGAAAGACAUAAUAAUAGGAAUAUCAACUGAGUAAAUGUCUACUCCAAUAUAGGCCUAUGAAAGAGAAUUUUAAGCUAAAACAUUUUCAAAACGGCUUAUUUUAAAUAACAAAGUUGUCUAAGUCAGCUUAUUAAAAGCUGUAAUGGUCCAUGGCAGCUAGCUCACACUAAUAAUUUAAAACAAGCAAGCUUUCAAACUUACAAGAACCUAAACUAAGCACUACUACCUGAUGAAAAUCUAAAACAAGACACUCGUAUGCUCUCCUUUGUUCGCACUAGAAUUACCCGGCAAUGACUCAGCUGAGGGUUAUUGUUGCGCAAAGGGAAAUUAAAAUUUGUUGGAGAACAACGUGAAAUUCCGGUCGCCUCCAGAGAAAGCGAAACGAGUGUCUCUCUCCACCUCACCUGAUCACGAGUUGGAAGAGUGUGGGGCUCUGUGUGCUUUUUUCGGAUAAAACGUAUUUCCUCCGCUUUUUAUUAUUCGGUUUUAAUUCCCCGCUGUCAGCUCUAAUCAACCCCAAACCCUAAUCGUGAAUUCGGAUAUUCGCCGAGACGCGAGAGGUUAUUUUGGAGUUAUUGAGGGUUGCUUAAAUUAAGCGGAAAUUCUAAUUGCUAGCUGAAUUUGUGAAGGUUUGCUACUGAAAUCAUCACCUUUUUCAAAAUUUGCUCUAUGACGAAACUUUAAAUAUUGUUGAACCAAAGGGCAAUGCUUUGAAUUUUAACAAGAUUCUGCUUGAUUUUUGAACUACUAAAGUUUCCAAAGAUUUCUACGAACACUUGUGAUAAGAUAUUGUCGUUUUGAUAAGAAAUCGCUAUUUCUGAAAGGACACUUCAACGACUUUUAAUUGACUUGCAAUUAACAUCGUUUGUUAUUAUCUACACUAAUUGGUACCUAUGAUUCAAGUUAUUGUUACUUAAACUUUAAAAAUUUGGGCUAUUGUUAACUAAACUUUAAAAAGUCGGUUAAACUUCUAAACAAUCACUAAAACAACAUUAAUUUGUGCUACUCCUUUUGAGCCUUAAUUAACCACCACUUUCCCAAAUUGACGUGAAUGGGGACGUGUUUUAAAACAUCACCCACCUUUUUCACCUCCGUUCGCCGCCUAAAGUAAUGAAAAAUGCGCGAAAUCGAAAAGCAAACCCUGAAGAAAGCGGAGCCGGCCGCUUCGUUGCCCGCAACACUGCCACCUUCCUUAUCAGUGGUGGAAGACGAAAAUAAACCCCCGCUGGCGGUCCGGCGUCAACUUUUGCUUCAGCAGCGGCGGGCCCAGUCGAACGACAGCUCCCGCUACACUUACAUUCCACCAUUCCAGGUCGUAUAUGGCGCCAAUUCUGUAGCAUCCGAGGAGAGUGCGCGAGUCAUGUCCGAAAAAGUACAGAUGUUGGCAUCGUCGAUUUACAAGGAGUUGGAGCUGAUGAUCAAAAAGUAUGGAGAGGAUAGUGUUAAAGUAAGUUGGUUUGUUUGUUGUUUUUGGUUUUUAGGUAUGAAUAUUGUUUUUUGAUGAAGUUAUGAUUAAGAGUGAUAAAAUAUUGUAGUUUUGAUUGCAUUGAGAUCAAUCACAAUAAAAUUUGAUCCAAAAUACAUCUUGAAAUUGAAGUUUCAAACGGUUUUUCAAGAAAGAUAUUUUUUUGCUGUUGACAUUAAAAAAUCUGUUUUUAGGAAUGAAACCUGUGGUUUUGAAACUUUUUUAGUUAAAUUUAUGUUAAUCUUCAUUUACAGAUAUUGAGAAUUAUUUUUUAUGAAUUUUUGACAUUACUCUGACUUUUUGUUACCUAAAAACAUUUUUACGUUAAAAAACAUGUAAAAAUCACAUGAAACGUAAAAUAACCCUUAGUUUAAUGUAGAGAAAGCGUUUAUAAAUCAAAAAUAAUUGGUUUAUGAUGUGUAAAGUUGUUUCUUCUUUGAUCAGAACAAUAUAUUUUUGAUCAGCUAUAUGAUUUUCAAUACAUUAAUUUUAGGAGUUAAUGCCGUUGGUAGUGAAUGUCUUGGAAUCUCUCGAUACAGCUUAUGUUGACAAAGAUGAACAUGCUGUGGAUGUGGAGAUGUUGAAGGAAGAAAACGAACAGUUAUUGAAUCAAUAUGAACGUGAACGACAGACUAGAAAACAACAAGAUCAGGUACGGAUUUUUAUUUUUUGUUUUAUGUUUAGGUAACAAUUCUAGGACUAUUUUGAAGUAAAGGAUAAAUAAAUAUAAAAAACUAAUUUCAGAAAUACCUAGAACUAGAAGAGCAUCUAACAGAUCAAAACCGAGAGCUCGAGACCAAAGUCGAGCAACUAGAAGGGAAUAUACGAAUACUAGAGCUAAAAGCUCGCAAUGCCAAUGAUCAUGUAUCUAGAUGUGAAGAAAGAGAAAGUGAACUACGUGGAGAGUACGAUAAACUUCAUGAAAGAUACAACGAUCUUCUUCGAACUCAUAUUGAGCACGUCGAAAGGACCAAAUACCAGAUGGGACAUGACAACUUUGGUAUGGUGUUACCUUCGAAUCCUAACCGGCAAGUUUUUUUAUUGUUUUUUGGUGUUUAGGUAACAAAUCUUGGAUUUUGUUGUCUAGAAAUGACAUUUUUCAGUGGCGGCAUGGCAGCCAGUGUAGAUGCAAACGUUCGAGGUAUCAGCGACCUAAUCAGUGCUACUCAUAUGACUCAAAGUACACAUGCUAGCGUAAAUUUGGCUAACCAUAUUAGUCUGGAAAAGGACUUCCACGAAGAGUUUGGACAGGACGCGGAAGACCUAUUGAAUUCGAGUAGAAAGGAUGGUCAAGAUGCUCGAAAUGAAUUGGAACAGGAAGCUCCACCAGAUACCGACCGGUCGGAAGAAGAGGAGCAAGACGAUGGAUUGGUUGCUCAGUUAACUGGUAUGGUUUUUGGGGGUUUUUUUUAUUUAUUUUAGAGUUAGGUUUUGAUAUUUGACCAUUAUUUUAUAAAGAAGUUCCAAAUAAGGUUUUAUCAGGCGUCUUAGUAAUUUUAGGUAACUUUUGGUGGACUUUUUGAUACUUUUAGGUAGUUUUUUGAAUUUUUAGCUUAAAGUUUUAAAAGUUUUGGCCUAUGACACUAUUUUUAUAAGCUUUCACUUAAGAGUUUUGAUGCUUAAUAUUUUUCAAAUAUUUUGAUAGUUUUGAAGUUAUUUUAAACUAGUUUUAAAGUUUUUAUGAAGUGUAAUGUACACAAAACUGAUUUUUCUUGUUUGAAGGUGCCCUCGUAGAUCCAGCGGAAUUCGCAUCAGCGGGUAAAAUACUUUUUCAAUUAGCUUUUUAUAUAAAAAAAGGGUUUGUGUGUAAUUUUUUGCUUUAUUUUUUAAAUUUUUUACAAAAAAAAUUAUGUGAUAGUAGAGUGUGGUAAAUACCUAAAUUAAACAUACAAACCCUGUAAAUAUAAAUCCAAAUUACCAAAAGUAAUUUUUGCUUAUUUACAGUUAACGAUGCGUUCAUUGGUAGGUUUUGGUGUCGUUUAGUCCAAAUUGUUGUGCCAAAAGUUUUGUCGUUUUGAGUAUUGUGUGAGGCGUGGUACCCUUGGUUGAUAUCCUUUGAGAUCUUUGUAAAAAACAUGUUAGAUUUGAUUUGAGGUUUUAUAAGUCUGAUUUGCAAAAUAAUCAUCAAAUUUGAAAUUUUAAUUUAAUUUUAAACUGCAUAUACAUCAAGUUAAUCGUUUGAACCAGUUAGUAGACGUUAUAGUGUGGCUUUAGUGAGAAAUGAGUUAAAAAGUGGCUUAUAAAUUUAAAUUUGCAGUUAAAAGCUUAAUUUUAAGUGAUUCGUCAAUUUAAAUGUUGUUUUCACUAUUUUAAUUUGAUGUUUUGGCUAAUUUGGAUGUUUUAGGUAUGGGCAGAGAAGUUGACAACCUUAUCAAAGAGAACACUGAGCUUUUGGAAACAAAGAACGCUCUGAAUGUAGUCAAGAACGAUCUUAUUGCUCAAGUUGAUCAGCUUUCUAGGUGAGUUUUUGGGAUUUUUUGACUUUUUUUUUUGGUUUUUUACUGCAAUUUUUGAGAUUGAUUAAUAUUAUUUUUCUAUUUUUGAUUGAUUUUCACCUAAUUUUGGCUAUCAUUUUAGUGAAAACGAGGUAAUCCGAGAAGAACUCAACUCUCUAGAAGUCAACAAGAUGAAACAAGCCGAGAAAAUCAAGGAACUAGAGCAAGAGCUUAAGACCGUCAAGGAAAAGAUCAAUGAAGAACAGCCGGAUGAACAAGACGAUGUUCCAAUGGCCCAACGUAAACGAUUCACAAGAAUCGAAAUGGCCAGAGUACUAAUGGAGAGGAAUCAGUACAAGGAGAAGUUGAUGGAACUUCAAGAAGCCGUGAAGUUCACGGAAAUGCAACGGGUCAAGAAAAUGAACCAUGCUCAACCACAGAGCAAGGGUCGGAUUUGGGACUUGUGAGUUUUGGAUAUUUUGAUUUUGAUGACAUUUUUUAAAAUUAAAAAGCAUUUUUAAUAAAAAAAAGUUGAAUUUUAUGAAAAUUUAUAAAUUUGUUACCUAAAAAAGCCGUUUUCAAAGUUUAAACCUAGAUUUUGAAAAACUUGAUGUCAUUUUAGCUUCUCUGGUCUAUUUGGUGAAACCCCCACCCCAGCUCCGAGCAAACGACCAGCCCGCUCGAACAGCCAAGUCAGAAAACAGCGCCUAACCCGCACCUUUGAUAUCGACAUGGACAAUGUGCAAGAAAAGCGAAUGUCCGAAAGAAGACAACAGUACAAGGCAGUAAGCCAACACAUGAAAAAAGAAGACGAUUCAAGGACUAGAGCUUAUGGAUGGUCACUCCCGGCAACGUCAGAUGCUCAAGAAACGCUGAGAGUGCCGGUACCAGUCUGUUGUCGACCACUUUUGGAUCAACAGCCAUCGCUUAGGGUAGGGAGAAUGACUUAGUUUUUUAGAGUUAAGUUUAUGUAAUUUAGGCUUAAUUAUAUAAAUUUUAGACUUAAGUACAUAAAUUUUAGGCUUAGGCUUACGUAACUUAGGCUUAGGUACUCAAAUUUUAUGCUUAGGUUUAAGUAAAUAGAUUUUAGGCUUACGUAAUUUAGGCUUAAGUACGUACAUUUUAUUCUUAUUUACAUAAAUUUUAGGCUUAGGCUUACGGAAUUUAGGCUUAAGUACGUACAUUUUAUUCUUAUUUACAUAAAUUUUAGGCUUAGGCUUACUGAAUUUAGGCUUAGGUACAUAAAUAUUAGGCUUACGUACUUUAGGCUUAAGUACAUAAGUUUCAGGCUUACGUAACUUAGGCGUAGGUACACAAUCUUAGGCUUGCGUAAUUUGGGAUUUUGUAAUUUAGGCUUAAGUACGUACAUUUUAGGCUUAGGUACAUAAAUUUUAGGCUUAUGUAGUUUGGACUUAAAGACGUAAAUUUUAGGUUUAAAAUGUUUUUUUCAGAUCUGGUGUGCCUCAGGCUCAAUCCUCUACGGUGGUAAAGAUCUAAACGGCCGUUACAUUACCGAUGACAGUUCGUUGUACGCCGAUCCAACCAAGUUUUGGCCGUCGGACGAGACUCAACAAAAGCUUCUGCUCGAACAAUGGCCGAUUUGGGAGUCGAGCAGUUUGGUGUGGAUCUGUAGUUCAAACGAAAAGAGGAGUUAUGUGACAGUUUUGGACUCAAACAACCCCAACUGUAUUAUCGACUGCUUUAGUGUGUGCACAUCGCAUUUACUGUGCAUUUCGUCUGUUCCUGGUAAGGGUUUUGGGUUGGCAUGGUGAGGGAUUUGACAAAAAUUAUUGAAAAUUUCGAUAAAAAACUUACAUUUUAAACCUUCAGGAGCCCUAGAAGAUGAUGUAGAGCUAACAGAUCCAAAAGGAACCUACGUCAGACAAGGUGGCUAUAUCACAAACCUUCCAUCUGAUUUGGCCGCCACGGAAACCUUUGGCCAAGUACAUUGGGUUGAUUUAAGACCUUCGGAUGUGGACGAUGUGCCAACGUUCUGCUCUGUUGAUGAAAAGGCUUCACCUAAGAGAAGCAGAGAUUGUAGGUGCUUGAAGUUUUCAAGUUUAGAUUUGGGGGGGCUGCAGUUUUAAAAUUAGGCGGGGGGGGCUGAAGUUUUAAAAUUAGGUGGGGGUGGGGUGAAGUUCAAAAUUUGUUUUUAAGGGUUGUUUUUUGAAAUUUUGGGUUUUAAAGAACUUUUGUUUUUGAGGCAUAGGUGUUAUAACUUAUAAAUAUAUAUUAUACUUGAUAUUAGGCUUAAUUUUUUUCAAAUUUGUAAUAUUUUUUAAUUCUCUAAGUUUCAGUCAGCAUAAGCGAAGUACCAGCUGAUAAGAACCUGGAAGAGUCUGGAGAAACAGGUAGGUUAAUUUUUCAAAAUGAAAUUUUAAAUUUUGUCAGUUUUGUCUUAUGGAGUGCACAAUUGUGAUUCAUAACAUGAAUUCACGUUCUAACUGUACUAGUCUUGAAAUUGAAUAAAAAAGAUAAAUUUGUCAUCUUAUGGCACUUUUUUUAAAAAUGCUACUUUUAUAUUUUUCUACGAAAUACAACUAUAUCUAUAGAUUUUUUGCUCUUUUGGUUAACUUUUCUAUCCUAAACCAACUAAAAAUUUGAAAAAAUGAAAUUUUACUAAUUUGAAAAUCUUUUCGAAAAUUCAUGAUUUUUUGCUCAGUAGCUCCGCCGAAGCCGGUGAAACGCGUAGGCUUUGAAAUCAUGGGCCUUAAUGACACUAGCGCCCGCUCGAAAGUAACUUUAUUGGAAAAGGCGGCGUUAACAACCCAAGCGGAUCCACCAACAACAGCGGCCGAACCAGCAAAACCAGUCGAAACGGAACAAAAAGGUCUGGUUCAUAAAUUGUUGUUGUUCUUUGGUGAUGGUGCUUAUUUCUUCGUUUGGUGCUUUUGUUUUGCUUUUUUUCUUCUUUUGGUGUUUCUGUUUUAUUUUUUUUUCUUUUUUUGGUACUUCUGUUUUGCUUUUUUUCUUCUUUUGGUGCUUUUGUUUUACUUUUUUCUUCUUUUGGUGCUUUUGUUUUACUUUUUUUUUCUUUUGGUGCUUUUGUUUCACUUUUUUUUUUUCUUGUGAUUCUUGAUUCUUUGGUACUUUUGAUUUUUUCAUGGUUUUUAUCUUAAUUUUCUGUUGUUUUUGAAUUUUGAAAGGCCCGGACUAAGUUGUUUUAGUUGAUUAUUUAAGGUUUUUGGUUGAUUUUUUAUAUUAGCUGGCUUUGGUCGGAGCAUUGGUAUCUAAGAUACUAUUUUUUAAAGUAUUUUCCACAUACUAUAUUUAUUUGUACUUUUAUUAGGCAUGUUAAACAUUUUUUUGGAUUUUAUUUCAAAUGGUUAGGACUUCUGUUUUGUGCACAACUUUACUUUAUUUGUGUUGCUUUCAUUAUCAGUUAUCAAUUUGUACUUGAAAAUAAGAAAAAUUAAUUGAAAAAUGAUUUCAGAUGAAGUUGAAAUGGCCACCUACUCGAACAUUCUCCCACACAUUCGUGACGCCUUGAACAAGUACGAGAAACUGCAGGAGAUGACUACAGCAUUGCCCACAAUGUGGAUGGGAUUGGAGAAUGAUUUGUGAGUUUGGGUUGAUUUUUUGGAUAAAUUUUGAUUUUUAUGGAGGGUGGGAUGAGUUAUGAAAUUUGGGUGAAGAUUGUCAUUAGUUAUGACAUUUUUAUAAAGUUUGUUAUAAGUUAUGACAUUUUGUAUAAAUUUUGUCAUAAAUAAUGUUGAUUUUCUCAGCAUUUAAGAUUUUUGAUACUUUUUAGUAUUGUCGUUCACUCAAGUACCGCGGAAUGGAGAAAGUGCUUGCUUAGAAUCAAAAUGGCCGAUGCUGUACUUCAUAUACUGUAAGUUUUCAGUUUUCAAAAAUCAAAAAGAUAUUUUAAGCUUUUACUACACUAUAAUAUAGCUUUACAUCUUUAACACAGUACCAAUUAUACUAUUUCAGCCACUACAAGGGAAUGGUAUUCGCCGCCUUGGCCAACGGAACAAUCGCCGUCUUCCACAGAGAUCCAGAAGGCCGAUGGGCUACAGACGGGUAUCAUAUCAUUCGUCUGGGACAAGCCACAAGCUCCGUAUGCAACAUGACCAUCGUGGAAGAUAAGAUCUGGGCCGCGUACAGGAAUUGCAUCGUUAUCAUUGAUCCAACUGAUUUGACCAUUGAGGUAGGGUUAAGAAACGUUAGGGUGGGCUUAAGAUUAGCUAUAAUUUUGAAAGUUUGUUUAUGUUAAGCUAAAUAAGCUUGAGGGAAGUGUAUAUAGCACUGCUUGAUUUUAAGAUCAAUAGGUAGCUCAAUAUACCAACAUCAUUAGUAUAAUACUAAUUUUAGGUUUGAUUGUCGUAUUUUACUAUAAUUAACAUAUAAAUAUAAGCUAAUAUCACAUCGUUUUAGACCGCAUUCGUGGCCCAUCCCCGCAAAGACAGCCAAGUCAAACACAUGGUGUGGGCGGGCGAAGGCGUCUGGGUAUCCAUCCGACUAGACUCCACCAUCAGAUUAUAUCAUCCACAGACGUUGCGCCAUCUACAAGAUGUAGAUAUCGAGCCCUACUUGGCGGUAAUGCUCGGAAACACCAAAAUCGACCAUCUACAUCUCCGCAUCACCUCGUUGGCGGUCCUAAACCGAAAACUUUGGAUUGGCACAGGUACUGGAGUCAUCAUUGCUGUACCAUUAUCAAACGAAGGCAAUGAAAAGGUGGAAAUCGGCAAUGAUGAGAACAAAAACGAGCCCGCAUCUCCUGGUGGAUUGGUGAGAGUUUACGGGAACGAGAAGAAGGACGACGCCUUCAUCCCCUACUGCAACAUCUCACAAGCACAGUUCAGUUUCCAUGGACAUAAGGACUCGGUGCGCUUCUUCUUGUGCGUACCCGCAGGUAAUUAUUACUAUUUUGAUAUUGUUUUUGCUGUAGUUUUCCAACCUUGUACCUUUAUAUUGAAGUAAAAAUGUAUUUUGAUUGAAUUCGACCAAUUAUAAUAUAUUUAUUAGGUUCCGACAUAAAGAACCCGCCAUUGUUUACAGGAAAUUACGGGGAAACUAUGGCGGGUUCUUUAUGUCGGCACCUAAUAUACCUUUAACAUGAGGAAAAUCGUUUUUUUUUUCUCCUUGUUACUCGAUAAACUACACUGGAUUCUUGACUAACAUAGCAUAAAAUUGGAAAGUCAUGAAGUGCUUACUCCGUUAAUUAUACGGUUUCGUGGUAAUAAGCCCUAUACCUAUUAAUAGGUAGUAAAUAGGUUGUUAUUCGAGUGUGUGAGGAUAAGCCACAUAAUUAGAGGCCCAAUUAUAAUUUAAAAACAAUAAUUAGUUUUGCCAAACAUUCUCGAACAUUCUUAUUACUAAGUGCACUGUGCAGGUAUCGAAACCAACUGCACGGUGCAGUGCACUGUGCAAAGACUUUAUAAGUAAAGUGCAGGAAAUUUUGAUCCUUUUUAGAUGAAACUGAAAUGAAAUUUUUAAAAUUAACGUUUCUCGUUUUAGAUGGUGUGACAAAGAACAUGACUUCAGCGUUGGAAAGCAGAAAGUUGUUGGUAACGUCCGGUGGCGAUGGUUAUAUCGACUUUAGGCUUGGUAAGGACUACUCUAAUUGAUUUUUAAAACCCAUACUAUUUUUAAAAAUAUGAUUUCUGAAUUUGUUGGAUUACUCAUACCCUUCUGAAACUUUACUUUUUGUUAUGACAGCCCAAAUUAAAAAGCAACCGUAACAUAGCACUAAAAAUAUCUAUAACAAUAUAAUUUUAGGCGAAGACGAGCCCACUGACGAGCCCCGCGUCCGUGACAUGUCCCAUCUAAUCGUCUGGGAAAAUGACACUCCAAACCCAUAUCGACAACUUUAA